AUGUUGCAGCCAUUUGUUGCAUAUGUGUGCGUUGGUAGAAAAUGUAAUUUUCCGAAAAAUUUCCUCAACAUAACGCACUGGUUGCUUGCUUGAUCGUCAGUCUGUUUAGUCGAACCGCAGCAUUCGCUCCCAACGUCGUCAGCUGCUCGGACUAUCGUAGAGAGUUUAAUUUUGUUUCUUUUCCCUAAGUUUCUUAAUCCCAAACCAUAACCAUGUCCGAUGAAGAGGAGUACACUUCCGAGGAGGAGGAGGAGGUUGUCGAGGAGACCAAAGAGUAAAAAGCCACCUCAAACACCAGCCGAGGGUGAGGGAGAUCCAGAAUUUAUUAAACGUCAGGAUCAAAAGCGCUCCGAUCUCGAUGAGCAACUGAAAGAAUACAUCAAUGAAUGGCGUAAACAGCGUGCCAAGGAGGAGGAUGAGUUGAAGAAACUCAAAGAGAAACAGGCCAAACGUAAGAUCUCGCGUGCCGAAGAAGAACAAAAGAUGGCGCAACGCAAGAAGGAAGAGGAGGAGCGUCGCGUACGUGAAGUUGAAGAGAAGAAACAGCGCGAAAUCGAAGAGAAGCGUCAACGUCUCGAAGAGGCCGAGAAGAAGCGUCAAGCUAUGCUGCAGGCCAUGAAGGACAAGGACAAGAAGGGACCCAAUUUCACUAUUGCCAAGAAGGACGCAGGCGUGUUGGGACUCUCAUCCGCCGCCAUGGAGCGUAACAAGACUAAGGAACAGUUGGAGGAAGAGAAGAAGAUCUCUUUGUCGUUCCGUAUCAAACCUUUGGCCAUUGAAGGUUUCAAUGAUUCGAAAUUGCGCGAGAAGGCCCAAGAACUGUGGGAACUCAUUGUCAAAUUGGAAACUGAGAAGUAUGACUUGGAAGAAAGGCAGAAACGUCAGGACUACGAUUUGAAAGAGUUGAAGGAAAGACAGAAACAACAGCUCAGGCACAAAGCCUUGAAGAAGGGUCUCGACCCUGAGGCUUUGACUGGCAAAUACCCGCCCAAGAUUCAAGUCGCCUCCAAAUACGAAAGACGUGUAGACACCCGCUCAUACGAUGACAAGAAGAAACUCUUCGAGGGUGGCUGGGAAGAAAUCGGCAAGGAGGUGAAUGAGAAGAUCUGGAACGAGAAGAAGGACCAAUACUCAGGCCGCCAGAAAUCCAAACUGCCCAAGUGGUUCGGCGAACGACCAGGCAAAAAGGCCGGCGAACCCGAGACACCCGAAGGCGAAGAAGAUGCCAAGGCCGAUGAAGAUAUUGUCGAGGAUGAAGAGGAAGUCGAGGAGGAGGUUGUCGAAGAGGAAGAUGAGGAGGCCGAGGAAGAGGAAGAAGAGGAGGAGGAAGAAGAGGAAGAGGAAGAGGAGGAGGAAGAAGAAGAGGAAGAAGAGGAGGAGGAAGAAGAGGAAGAAGAAUAAAUUAAUUUAACUACAUUUAAUAAAAUUUAAAAACAAUGAAAAUAGUUAUUAUUAGCUUAUUCGAUCAGUCAACAAAAACAAAAACCGUAAAAUAAAUAAAACACAAAAAUUUAUAUAUAUAUAUAUAUAAUAUAUAAUAAACACCUACAUAAGCAUAUAUAAAUAUGUAUGUACAUACAUAUGCUGCAUAAAGAGCGGAGAUCAGCUAAAGGCGCAGUACCUCAAAUGAAAUUCUUACUGCAUUACUUAUGUAAUUGUCAAAGGAGUAAUAAUACCUCUCUCACUCUAAUUCUCAAUUUCUCAAACUCACUCUGACACAUACCUACAUAUAUAUGUACGCGACUGAUUUAUUAAACUCACUCGACAACACCAACAAACAAACACGCAACAACUGUGACAACAUGAAUGCAUGUCGCUCGCUCUCUCUCUGUCUUUUUUAUAGUAGAAGAAACAAGAAAAGAAAAGAAAAAAAAAAACAAAAAAAAAAUGUUUAAAUUUGUUUGUAAUAAAUCUUUUAAAUUGAGAUGAAAAUCUGAAAUCAGACUUAAUAUCAUAAUUACGCAUACAUGUAAAUGUCUACCAAAUAUUUAUAUACAUACAUACAUACAUA